GGGGCCAGAGGCUGCAGUAGACAGAACUCCUAGAGGAGAGCGGUUUCAGGCAGCUGCCACCCUUGCACUAUAAUCUCUGAGGAUGUUCCACCAAAUUUGGGCAGCUUUCCUUUACCUCUACGGGAUUUUCUAUGACUCCAUUUACCAGUGUCCUGAGACUGAUCAAUUAAAUCCUCUGGGAAUAAAUGGAAAAGAGUUCCCUGGACCCUACCUGGGUCAAUGGUACUUCAUUGCGGGUGCAGCUCCUACCCAGGAGGAACUGGCGAUCUUUGUCCCAGUGGACAACAUUCUCUUCAAUAUGGCUGCUAGCCAUAUUCCCCAAAAGCUCCAACUACGGGCCACCAUCAGAAUGAAAAAUGGGCACUGUGUACCCCGAGAAUGGACUUACCAUCUGACUGAAGGGAGCACAGAUCUCAAGACCGAAGGCCGCCCUGAUAUGAAGACUGAACUCUUCUCCAGUUCUUGCCCAGAUGGGAUCAUGCUGAGAGAGACAGGACAAGGUUAUCAGCGCUUCCUCCUCUACAACCGAUCCCCACAACCUCCUGAAGAAUGUGUGAAUGAAUUUAGGUCCCUGACCUUUUGUCUGGACUCAAAGGCCUUCCUGCUCACCCCAAGGGAGUUAGAGGCCUGCGAGGUGUCCAGUGACUGACCUGUGCCCUUUAGGGAGUUGGAGAUCCCUUGCUCCCUUCAAGAACAAUAAAGACGAUUUUCUGA